UGAAGUCAAAAGUCACGCGCGGCCAAAGCGCGUGCUCUAUCAUUUGAGUCAACCAUAAAACCCCUAAACAACGGAAAGAGAAGACACUGAGGUCUCGAUCGAUUUUUUUUUUUUUUUUUGUCUUCUAACAGAAAAGAGAACUCUAAACACAGUAAACACUAGACACCAGACACAGAGCAAAACGCAAAACAGAAAAAAAGAAAAAAGGAAAAAAAAAAAGAAGCAACGAUGAACUUGUUCCGGUUUGCUGGGGACAUGACCCACCUCCUAAGUGUAGUGGUUCUGCUUCUCAAGAUUCGCAAAAUGAAAUCUUGUGCUGGAAUUUCAUUAAAGACUCAAGAAUUGUAUGCCAUAGUUUUUAUCACUCGGUAUCUUGAUUUGUUCACGAAGUACUACUCGCUCUACAACAGUAUAAUGAAACUAGUAUUCAUUGGAACUUCAGUUGGAAUUGUCUGGUACAUGCGCUACCAUAAAGUUGUGAAGCAAACCUACAGCAAGACUGAAGAUACUUUUAGACAUUAUGUUCUAAUCCUUGCAUCCUUUGUCCUUGCCCUUCUGGUUCACCGUUCCUUAGGUGUGAUUGAGGUUUUGUGGGCAUUCUCCAUUUAUCUUGAAGCGGUGGCUAUCUUACCUCAGUUGCUACUACUGCAAAGAUCAAGGAACAUUGACAACUUGACUGUAAAUUAUGUUUUCCUUCUUGGUGCUUACCGGGCCUUGUAUGUCUUCAAUUGGGUUUAUCGCUUCUUUGUAGAAGGAGUUAAAGUCCGCUGGAUACCUUGGAUUUCAGGCCUGGUUCAGACUGCUCUAUAUGCUGACUUUUUCUACUACUAUAUUAAGAGUUGGAGGAAUCACGAGCAGCUUAAACUCCCCGAAUGAAGUGCAGCUAAAACUCCUCUUGGAAGGUUAUACUGACAAAGAACAGAAGCUCAUGCAACAAUGGUAGGGAAUUAUAGAUGAGACAUAUUCGUAAGCUUUGGUAAUUAGCUUCUAAAUGAGCAGAAAAACUUUGCUUUUAUUAGAGGCACUGCCCUUGAAGGGGAUUACUGAUUAUGUACAUAUAGCCCGGGAAUAAUAUUUUGUAGAAUAACCAAAUUUGAGUAAAGUAUUUUCUGACUCGUUCAAAACA